AUGUGGGAGUGUAAUGGACAAAUUUCAUACUGUACUUUGCACAAAGUGGAAGAGGUCGGACAAUUGGAGCUCAGCGAAGGGUUUAUAAUCGGAUCGAAGGUGAUUGGCAAGAAACAGGCGAGCAAGCUGUCGCAUAAUGAUCUCCAACAACAAAUUUCCAUGGCCUUCAUAGAAACACCAAUUCCGGAAGCUGAAAGGGUGGUGGUGCCACCAUCCGAAUCCCUAGGUCUGAAGCUUAAAAAGGUCAAGCUGCCAAGUGAAAUUUCAGCCCCAAAACCCAAAAACGUGGAGCCUUCACCUGAGGUGAAAACUUCGACGACUUCUCAAUCUACUCAUUACUUUGCUUUAGUUGAUGUGGUUGAAAUAGCGACUGUGUCGACAGAUCGAUUUUUGGGGGUUGGGGCUGGGAGGUGA